AUGGCAAUGACCUUUUUCGUGUCCACAUCGACACCGCUCUGGUCAACGUCGUUCACGCCUCAUAACACUGGACAGUACGCAGGAAUCUGUAUCUUUCUCAUUGUGCUGGCUGCAACGUUUCGACUGUUGAUGGCACUUCGAGCCAACUUCUUGGCAAUCCUUGCCGCUGUCAAGCAGAACCGGUACAGCGGCCUGAUACAAGCACAUGCAGUGGAGGGUAAGGCAGCGGCUCGAUCCUGGAAAGCAGACGAGGUAGUGAUGAUGGCGGGACUGGAUGUUAUAGUUGCCGGCGUGAGCUACUUGCUGAUGCUCGCAGUGAUGACUUUCAACAUCGGAUAUUUCCUUUCGGUCCUUGGUGGUGUGUUUCUUGGGAGUCUGGUCUGUGGUCGCUUUGUUGGAAGCUCUAGUUCUCACUGA